AUGGACCCGAGCCACGAAGACCUCAUCGCUCAGUUCAGUGGCAUCACAGGAGCAUCGCCUGCAACCGUAAGUCUGGAACGAACCCUGCCUACCCCACAUCCGUCACCUUUCCAUACCUUCGACACCUUUCUGUCUUGCACCAACUCUCUCAGUCAUCGCCAUCUAACGAGACAUCAUCUCAGGNCACAAACCGCCCUCACUUCAUCCGACUGGGACAUUGAACAAGCCGUCACUCUCUACUUCGCCUCCCAAGACGCUCCUGCCGAAGACAGCGACGACUCAAUAGAAGACGCCGCCGCUCCAUCCCUGCCUUCGACGACCCCUGCCCACAACCCUCCCUCGUCCUCAACCAACCGUCCUCCACCCAACAACCGCAACAACAUGGUGCGCACCUUCCGUGACCUCCAGAACGACGAAGACCGCGGCGACGAUGACCACAGCGAUCACGAUCCCCAGCAGGACUUUUUCGCUGGAGGCGAGAAGUCCGGUCUAGCUGUCCAGGACCCUAACAGACGCCCUCAAGACCAUUUCAGCAACAUCUUGAACCAAGCCAAAGACACCUGCCNNCAGUCCAGCGCCUUCCAAGGCCGCGCCCAAACUCUUGGAGGCGACGACGCUCCUUCGCGUGUGAUCGAAGACCCCAACGCUGUUGCCGCACCUACAAACGCCAGACCCUCGCUACCUCGUGUGAGCCGCACACUUCACCUCUGGCAGGACGGCUUCAGUAUCGACGACGGCGAGUUGCACCGCUUUGACGACCCGAGAAAUGCUCCCGUCCUCGCCCUCAUCAACCAAGGCCGUGCCCCACUUGCCUUGCUCGAUGUCCAGCCAGGCCAGGAAGUCGACCUUCAGCUAGAUCCUCACAAGGACGAGAAGUACGUCCAGCCAAAGAAGAAGUACAAGCCUUUCGGCGGUUCCGGUCAGCGUUUAGGUUCUCCUACUCCUGGCCCAUCUGGCUCUACACCCGCACCUGCAGCUGCAGCUUCAUCCUCCACAUCUUCAGCACCCGCAUCGUCAGCGCCAAAGGUUGACAUUGACGAGGCACAGCCCACCGUGCAGCUUCAGAUCCGUCUCGGUGACGGCACACGCCUGGUCUCACGUUUCAACACCUCGCAUACGGUUGGGGACAUCUACAACUUCGUCACAGCCAGCAGUACCGCCAGCCAGAGCAGAGCCUUCACUCUCAUGACCACCUUCCCCAACAAGGACCUGGAAGACAAGAGCGCCAAGUUGGAGGACCUGCCUGAACUCAAGCGCGGUGGCGUUGUCGUCCAAAAGUGGAACUAG